AUGGAUGAUUUAUAUUUAAGAGUAAAAGGUAAUUUUAUAUUUGACCAAAUUCUAAAUUAUGGAGGAAUCUUCAGUCAUAUCCAAAUUGUAUUUGAAGAUGGUCACUCUGAAAACAUAAGAGUUUAUACAAAUGAAGAAGAUAGAGAUGAUAAAUCAAAGCCAAGAAUUCUCCAAAAUGAAGUUGAAUUUCCAGCUAUUGCCAAGGACUCUUCCAAAAAACGAGAUCUAUCUCAUCUUCGUUAUAUGGUGUCCUAUCUUCCAGAGGCCGAUUUCAUUCCAGUAUAUGAUUUAAGUUUAGUCAGAAUGGUGAUAAGAAAAUACUACCUACAAUUCAUCACUAAAAAGGUAAAUCGGGAGACAUAUCAAUUAAACUGUUGUUGUAACGUUUCAAAUGCUGAUAAGUACUAA